GUCGGGUGUUCUUGUGUGCUAAUAAGAGGUUUGUAUUGGCUUCUUUAUCAAUCAUGAAUCAGGAUUUCUUUUGCAUCGAUAUAGAUGUCGAUCGCCCCCCUCCUGAACCACCGCCGAUCCAGGAAGAUGACAUUGGAUGGAUUGCUUUCUUUCCGGUGGCUGGUCAAACCGGAACAAUUUCUACACUUGGCUCCUUACCGGUGGAUGGAAAAACCGACAAGUUCAAUAAUUCAUUUUCGGUGGCUGGUCAAGCCGAACCCAUUUGGAGUAGCAUGAGCAGACACACUGCGGUACGAGUCUACAUUGUUGCAGGGUUAGCGAACAUGAGUGCUUUUAUAUGGCGUUUUUGUUCUUUGUCUCACCCUAGUGUAGUAUUGAACGCUAUGAGUGUAAUGCUUCGGCUUUUAGUUGUUAUGUUUCUUGUUAAGAUCUGAUUAUCAAUAAAAUGGUUAUUUGAUUUUCAA